CUGGAUAACAGGCUGCAGAUGUUUACUCUGCGCUGAGCCCUAGACAGAAGAUACAUCCUUUCUCUUUUCCUGGGGAAUCAUGAUCUAUGUGGUGGGAAAAAUAGGACGAAAUAUUUUUUCUUCCUGAAAUACUUGAUGCGAUAUAUAUUCUUUUUAUCUUCGGAGAGGAAAAAACUUAGGUGCUGAAAGUCAUGGGCAGCUUCAAGGGCCACGCUCUCCCAGGGAGCUUCUUCCUGUUGGCGGGGAUUUGGUGGACAGGAAAGUUCUCGCUCUGGUAUGCGACCCGCAAGAACAAAAGCUUAGGCUCUGCUCGACUUGCCAGCAGAGCCUCGCAGCGACGUGUCGAGGUCAUCGAAAGCUCCCUUAUUCUCUUCUUUUCUUUUGUUGGUAUGGUCGGCGAGCAGUUUGUAGCAAAUGGGCCAAAGCUUCAUUUGUACAACUUUGCAGACAAACACUGGGAGCAGCUGCAUAUCUGGCAGCAUACAACCAUGUACCUGUUCUUUGGACUGGCUGCCAUCGUGUCUCUGAUUAUCCACACGACAGAGGCAGCACCGGUAGCACUGGAUAGGUUGAUGCUGGCCAUAGCAUUCUUUAAUGAAGGGUUCCUCUUCCUCUACCACCUCCAUGGUCGAGCCAUGCUGGACGUCCAUGUGCAUCAGCUGCUCCUCUACGCUGUCUUUGGCGAGGGUCUUGUUGCGUUCCUGGAGGUCUUCCACAGAGGGAACAUCAUUCUGGAGCUGCUGCGCUGCACCCUCACACUCCUGCAGGGGAGCUGGUUCUGGGAGAUUGGCUUCGUGCUGUACCCUCCCAGCGGCUCCAAGUGGGACAUGGACGACCACAACACCAUGAUGUUUAUUACCAUGUGCUAUUCCUGGCACCUCGCCUUUGCCAUGCUAGUUGUCGCUGUGCUGUAUUAUACUGUCAGCUGUGCGGUUCGCUCCAGGCUGAAGAGGACACCUCCAAUGGAAAUGGGACUUCUGAAGCCCAGGGAGCGGGACGUGGAGUCAGAGGAUGAAAAUUUAUGAGGCGGACUCUCGUUUACCUGAUGAUUUAUGAAUAUAUAAAGCAAAUCAGGGAUGUGAUGCUUUCAUCUUCAGCUGAAGUAUGACUAGGAGUGCACACAGGAGCACAGAAUAAGGAUAAAAGCAUGCUUUAGAGAUAUAUUACUACCUCUGCCUUAUUUAAUCAGCUUUAAACCUUUCAAGCCUUACUCUAUUUAUUUUACAGUGACAUUACCCCAUCAUAUCCAUUUUGUCAUUUAAACAUUGAGAUAAUACACCAUUUUCUUUUUAUUGACAUUGUUUUUCUUUGUGUCAGUGCCAAAGUUUUUAAACUAAGUCAUUUUCAUGUAAUUACUUGAAAAGCCUGAGUUUGCAAAGUUUUGCAAACUGGUGUUAUGUUUUUUUAACUCUUGUAAGAAAGUCUGACUGUAGACCCGAUUUGAACCGAAUUUAAAGCAGUUUCUUUUUUCAAAUGUUGUAAAUGUUUAUUUUUUAUCUGUUUGAUAUGUUUCUAUUGCAUGGUGAUUAAAUUAGGU